CCCGCCACGUCGCUGCCUCCCGUGCGCCAGCGGUCACGUCGCUUCAGCUGAGGUGUGGACUUGUGAGGGGGGGCCGAGUCGCCCCAAGGGGAAGCAAUUGCACAGAUUUGAAACUGUCGCAAAAUGUCCUGUCAAGAUUCAACAGAGUCAUCAGUUCAUCAGGAUCUGAAUAUCGCCAGCCUUUGAGUAUGUAAGGAGAAACAUUUGUUCUGUCUUUUGGAGAAAAGAAUACAAACAUCGGUGCGACUGGAAAAGCACCAAGCAAGCGCGUCAUAAGUGAGUGUUCCCAGUGUACAGACAGUGAAAGGAACUUCAAUCAUUCACACAGUUAAGAGAUCACCAUUCGAGCAGGGAGAGACUGUACAUGUUUGGACAAGCUCCUAACAAUCGUUCAGCUGAAGAGGUACAAAUACAUCCACACCAUGGAGAAUUUGUGGAAAUGUGAGGACUGCGGGAAGGCAUUCAAAUACCCAUCCCGGCUGGAAAUCCAUCAACGCAUUCACACUGGGGAGAAGCCAUUCAACUGCGCCAUGUGUGGCAAAGGAUUUAUUGAGUCAAACAAACUGGUGGCACACCAGCGAAUUCAUACCGAGGAGAGGCCAUUCAGCUGCAGCUGCUGUACAAAAAGGUUCAGAUCUCCUUCUGAAGUGAAUAAGCACCAACGAGUUCACACUGGGGAGAAGCCGUUCAUCUGCUCUGUAUGCGGGAAGAGAUUUACUCGUUCGUCUGGCCUUCGAUCACACCAGCGAAUUCAUACUGAGCAGAAGCCAUUCAGCUGCACCUCCUGUGGUAAGAGGUUCAGACACUCCUCUGUUCUCAUUGUGCACCAAUUCACUCACACCAGGGAGAGGCCAUUCACUUGCUCCUUGUGCGGGAAGGGAUUCACUCAGUCAUCCAAACUGCUCAUCCACCAGCGAGUUCACACUGGAGAAAAACCUUUCACCUGCCCCUUGUGUGGCAAGGGAUUUGCCCAGAGAGCCCAUGUGUUGACACACCAGAGAAUUCACAGUGGGGAGAAACCGUUCACCUGCUCUGAAUGUGGGCAGGGAUUCACUCGGUCAGCCAGCUUGCUCAUACACCAGCGGGUUCACACUGGAGAAAAACCUUUCACCUGCUCCGAAUGUGGCAAGGGGUUUGCUCAGAAGAUCAAUCUGUCGACACACCAGCGCGUCCACACUGGAGAAAAGCCUUUCAGCUGCACUACCUGCGGGAAGAAUUUCAGGAGGAAAUCCACCCUCAUUGUGCACCAGCGAGUCCACUCUGGGGAGAGACCGUUCACCUGCUCCAUGUGUGGGAAGGGAUUCACUCAGUCCGUCAACCUAAUGUCACACGUGCGAAUUCAUAAGUGAACACCAGUACCCCACGGACUACAGCAACUCAAGAAGAGAGUUCACCAACAUCUUCUCAAAGAGGAACAGACGAUAAAUGCUGGCCCAGCCAGUGAUUCCCUUACACCAUGAAAUAAUCCAAAAAGAGGGGCUGCGGAAUUUGGAUUCUCAUAUUUUUGCUUCACUUGCUUCAGGACAUUUUUCAUAUGAAGCCAACACAUUCACAAAAGUAUAGCUUGCAGAGAAGAUUACAAGUGCUUUGUACAGCCAAGCUCUCCACUAUGAUGAAAAAAGAAUAAAAGCGUAGACUACUUUCUAAACGGUGAGAAAAUUCGUAAAGCCGAAGAACAAAGGGAUCUGAGAGUGCUAGUCGAGGAUUCUCUAAAGGUAAACAUGCAGGUUGAGUCCGUGAUUAAGAAAGUGAAUGCAAUGUUGUCAUUUAUCUCAAGAGGGUUGGAAUAUAAAAGCACCGUUGUGCUACUGAGACUUUAUAAAGCUCUGGUUAGGCCCCAUUUGGAGUACUGUGUCCAGUUUUGGUCCCCACACCGCAGGAAGGACAUACUGGCACUGGAGCAUGUGCAGUGGAGAUUCACACAGAUGAUCCCUGGAAUGGUAGGUCUAACAUAUGAGGAACGGCUGAGGAUCCUGGGAUUGUAUUCAUUGGAGUUUAGAAGAUUAAGGGGAGAUUUAAUAGAAACUUACAAGAUAAUACAUGGCUUGGAAAGGGUGGAUGCUAGGAAAUUGUUUCCGUUAGGCGAGGAGACAAGGACCCGUGGACACAGCGUUAGAAUUAGAGGGGGUAAAUUCAGAACAGAAAUGCAGAGACAUUUCUUCAUCCAGAGAGUGGUGGGCCUGUGGAAUUCAUUGCCGCAGAGUGCAGUGGAGGCCAGGGCAGUAAAUGUCUUCAAGGCAGAGAUUGAUAAAUUCUUGAUGUCUCAAGGAAUUAAGGGCUAUGGGGAGAAUGCUGGUAAGUGGAGUGGAAAUGCCCAUCAG